AUGACGUCUCUCAUCUCUUCCGAUGACUGUGACGACUGCUCGCCGAUGCAUUCCCACUUCGGUCCUAAGGCGGCCUUCUCAACCGUUCCUUUCAUAACUACGUUUGGUCUCGUCACAUUCAUCGCCUAUCGAAAGGUACAUCCACUCUUGUCACCGGCGGCCCCGACAUCGAGCACCCAGCAGUCCUCGAAAGGUUUGCCACCAACGCUCCCAACACCCUCCACAUACAGCGAACCACCAACGCAAUUCCUCAUCCGGCGGUUUGCUGCCCUCACCUUCGCCUCCACGAUCGCGCUAUCGGCCGUGCUCACAGAGCUACUGCUGUGCGAGAUCUCCAACUCAUUCAACCCGACUGCUCGUAGCGUUGCAUUGCAGGUCACGGUCGCAUCUCUGCUGGGGUUACUGGUGAUCGCAAUACCGGUAUUGGGCAUACACACGGUGGUGACGAGCAAUGGACAGCGCAUCAAAGAUGCAAGCAAUAGGAAGAAGAGAGUAGCAUGGGUAGUCGAGGCUGUUGGUUAUGCUGCGUUCUUGUGUCUGUUCUGGGCAUUGGGCGCACUGUUGCCUGACGCAGCUACUCCCUCGGACGAGGUGAAGCGGAAGGGUUUGAAUCUGUUCCAGGCUUGUCUGGACAGACUAGGCAUCACAGGUGUUACACUCAUGGCAUUGCUCUCCGGCUUUGCUUCCGUCAGUGCCAUCUGGCAGAACUUCGGUCCCAAAGCAAAGCUGGUAGCGGACGGGGAUAUCAAGAGAAAGGAGACGGGCUACGAUGCGACGAUGGAAAUGGUUGACGAGAAGAAAGCACGACUGAAUAUGAUCCAGCGCCGGAUGACAGACCCGGCUUCGGCGACUAGCACGAAUGCUUCAUUUUGGAGUCGUGCGGCGGGCUCGAUACUGCCGUUGGGAAAGAACACGGAUUCACAAGAGAAGCAGACACUUGAAAUGGAGAUCUCGGGUCUGGAGACCAUGGCUGCGAGCCUUGAGUCGAGCUUGAGUGUGCUAAGAGGACGAAAGGCAGACCAGAUGAGAGAGAAGACAACAUUUGGUCGAGCCCAGCUUGCAUUCGGAGUGGCAUUCUCCUGCUACUGUAUCUACCGCAUCAUUGCGACCACCAUCAACAUCUUUCGGCGCGUCGCAUUUGGCACGCACUCGAACAAGAGCGACACGGACCCAGUCACAUACGGCAUUGCGCUCUUCGCGCGACACGUCUACCCUUCGAUUGACCAAGCGAGUUGGGCGCAUCAGAUCUCCUUUCUGCUGUCUGGAGUCAUGCUCUUCGCGAGUUUCAACGCUGUCACGCAGACAUUCUACCUCUUUGCCCGCAUCAUGCCGCAUGGCGUUCUCCAGGCAACGAGGACGAAUUUCGCGCUGCUCAUCAGUCAAAUCAGUGGAAUGUACGUGAUCUCGUCGGCACUGAUGCUGCGGGGGAUGAUGCCGGAGAAGGUGGGGAGCGUCAUCAACAGUGCUCUCGGGGCAGGGCUGCUAGAGCCGGCUUGGACGCAACGGUGGUUCGAGGGCUGGUAUAUGGCGGCGGUGGUCGUGACUGUGCUGGGUAUUGGUAUCACGAGGAGUUGGAAGUGGGAUGUUGAUGAAGGUGGUGGAUGGGAGAGGGAGGCGUCGAGAUGA